AUGGGUUCAAUCUUCCUUCAGAAUAUCAAGCUUUUCCUCGAUAAAUAUGCAGAGAGAAGAGCCUUUACAUCUAGUGUGAGUGCACCAAACGUGCAUUGUGUUUGGUUCUUAUGUCUGGAAUUUUACUUGGAUGAAAAGACGUACAAGAUCCCCUUGUACGUCUUUGAACAGGAUCACGGGAGCUCUCUGCUGCCGCCGCCAUGCUGUGAUCUUUGUCGUGGCCCAGGUUGGGGUCGUCAACUAAGUUCAAGAAGGAACUACUAUUUUCUAAUUCCAAAGGAUGGUGUAUAUGUGCGACCAGACGAAGAAGAACUUCGGUUCGAGAACUCAAUGAAGAAAGGCCUUCUGAUGGAUGAGUCCAGUAGUAGCCUAUUUGGAUGUUUUCAUGGCAAUGGAUACGGCCAUUUGAUCAAAAUCCAACGUUCCGAUUGCGAGUUUCUCUCUGGCAUGAAGCUGAUCCAACUUUGGGGUCGAAUUUGUACAAAACUCGGAACAAGAAAAAUCAGUCUGCGAGACUUGGCGAGAAAGGGACCGAUGGAUCUCCGUCUCCUCUAUGCAGUUGCUCGUGAGCGGACUUGGUUUGGUCAAUGGGGAUACAACUUCUGCCGUGGCAGCUUUGGAGUCACGAAAGCAAGGUACAACGAGGCUCUAGAAUCUCUGAGAUCGAUAACACUCGAAGCGGUGACUGAAAGUUGCGGUGACGACAAUGAACGGCGAAAGCAAGUGGAGAAGAUAAUCCAGUUUUACAAACAAAACAGUACACUUGAAGAUAUGCCGGAAACCAUCAAGGGUCUGUUUAAUCGUAUGCUGCUGCAAAUCAUGUACUCCCCACGUACGCCGCAAAAGAAAGCACUUGCUGACGCUGCAUACUCUUUUCACGAUGGCUCCUUGGAAAUCGAACUUGAAGAAAGUGAAGCCAGUGUGGCGAAAAAAAUUGUUGAUACACUUGAAAAGAGAAAGCGACAGGAUGCAGAGGGGACUAAGCGCAUAGACUUGCUAGAAGAGGAAAGAACUAACGAGGAUCAAUUUGCUAAGGUGCUGAAAAAACUCGAUGGCAAGAGAGUUGGAAAUCACAUUAUUCAUAAGGGGACGAAGAGUAAACAUGUGGUGUACAAAGCUGAUGCUGUUGGGGUUCCUGGAUGCAACAUAUUCAGUGAUUUGAUAUACAUGUACCAACAUGUAUUUGUGAAAAUCCCCGGGAUUCAAUCAUCAGAAUCUGUAAAGUCGCACACCCAAGCCGUGUUAGACACGGUGCAGUUUGUGAAGGAAUAUACCAAGCCUACAAUUGAGCGCACAUUGAUCUGUCAACUGCUGAAAAAGCGGCAAGAUCAGUACUUUGAGCAUGGUGAGAUAUUGGUGCCAGUGCAACCUGGUGCAACUUUUGGAGAUCUGAAACAAGAAGCAUGCAGGGCCAUCAAGGAGACGUACUGUUUUUGUGGUGAGCAACACAAUAUUGUGGUGGAAGCAAUCCAAGGCUACGAGGAAUCAGCCGAUACAGCAGUAGUUCCUGAAGAAUUAGUUAGAUCGAGGGGACAAGCAGUUGGUUUGGUAUUACAACCUUCGGACAUCAUGUGCUUGACGACUUACCAAGGUGGAGCUGACGCUUUGACGGAGGUGGAUUGUACUCAGUGUGGUGCAAAGGAGGAUGACGGUGAGGCUAUGGCGUUCUGUGGUUCUUGCUGGGUGUCGCAACAUCAAAGAUGCCAUCAACUGGCUGACCUUGUGGUUACUUCGUGCACAAAUUGCAUGGAUCAUCCUAACCAUGACGUAGCUAAUUCAAAUAUUGACAACAUCAGUAUAACUCAACCUUCUGUUGCUGGUCCAUCUCAUCACCAGGUGAACAUUGAUGAUGGCAGUCUUGAUCCCUUCCCCUAUGGCACCAAUGCUAACCCUUCUGGGCUUUCCUCUACUGGUAUUGGCAGCAGUAGUGGCCAUGCAGGUGUGCGCCCCUUUCAUAAUUCUAUUACGGAAAUUGGGACUAGCAGCAACGCCGAUCCUAGCCAUGAUGACUUUGAGAACCCUCAACAGUUUAAUGGGGACAUUCUUCCCAAUCGCAACAACAAUUGA